CUCUCUCUAGAAAUGCUCUUUUGUUUCUCUCUCUAUAAUCAUUCUCCCUGUUGUAUUUUAUAAAUUGUGAUAUCGUUCUAAUUUAUGAGCUUUCUCUUUUCUUCUUCUUCUUCAAUCUCCCCCUUUACACUUCACAUUUUCUUUUCUUUUCUUUUCUUUUCCUUCUGUAUACAAAUAGAAAAGAAUGUUGGGUUCUUGUUUCUUUCUCACUUUGACACAGGAAAGAAUAUGAAAGAGAGAAAAUAGAAUACGUACAGUUUCAUAGGUGAUAUGAAUUCAGAUUCUAUCGAUCAGAAUCAAAUUAGGGCGUGUUUUCUUUUUUCCCCCCUUUUCUUCUUUUUUUUUUUGUAAUUUUUGGAUAAGUAGUUUGAAACUGAAUUUAGGGUUCGGUUUAGGAUUUUCAGAGAUUCAUUAAUUUUUUAAUGUUUUUUUUUUAGGAUUAUUUAGUGGGGUUUUUGGGUAAUUAUGUAUAUUUCGUGAAAUUAUUAUUAGUAUUAUUAUUAUUAUAGAUGGCGUUUUGAGAGUGGUGGUGUGAGGUGGGGGUAGGGAUUGUGAGGAUGACAGAUUUUCAACCUUUACAACAAAAACCUGAAUCAACCGAUGAUGCCCAAGCUGAAUUCGAGCUGGGAUUUGAGGAAUUGAUGCGUGGCCACUUGGAUGAUUGUAUGUCAUUCGCCUCAUGUAGCUCCACUCGUAACGCGGAGGAAGAGGAUGACGAGGGGGAUCAGCUUGUCCGCAGGAGACGUAGGUCAGAUCUAGAGGGUGAUGACUUGGCCGAGUCAUCGGCUGCGAGGAGGCGCCACUCCCGCAUAUUAAGCCGUUGGGCUGCUCGUCAGGCACAGGAGAUGAUAACCACUAUUGAGAGGAGGAAUCGUGAGUCAGAGUUGAUGGCACUUGCAGGUUUGCAUACGGUUUCCAUGCUUGAUUCUUCAUUUUUGAGCGAGUCUCAGUCGCCCACGUCAAGGAGGCAGGGGGCGGUUGAACGGCCAAGCACUCAGGCAUCUGCAAUUCUUCAAAUGUGGCGGGAGUUAGAGGAUGAGCAUUUAUUGAAUAGGGCACGGGAGAGAGUGAGGGAGAGAUUGAGACAGCAAAGAAGUGUGGAGUCUAAUACAAAUAUGUCAAGUACAAACAUGUCAGAGAGUCGGGGUAGUGAGAAUCAGGGAAGUUUGGUGGAUGCAAGUGAGAGUGAGAAUGAAUUUGGUCCUUGGUCACAUGAGCGACUGGGCUCACAGAAUGAGCGUGGGGACAAUAAUGGGUCUAGCAGAGAGCAAUCUCCCGAUCUUGGCGAAGUUGAGAGGGAGAGGGUUAGGCAGAUUGUUCGAGGAUGGAUGGAGACUGGCAUUAGUGAUCAUACAUCUAAUGUGUCCCACAGGAAUAGCAGUCCUCGAGGGGAAUGGCUUGGUGAGACAGAACGUGAAAGAGUUAGAAUUGUUAGGGAGUGGGUGCAGAUGGCAAGUCAGCAGCGAGGAGGUCGUGGGGGACGGAGGGAAGAGCAGGCUGCCAGACUUGAUGCACAAGUUGACAGAGUUCGUGAUGGGUCAGCUGCUGACAAUGAUGAAGGGCAACCAGAACAUAUUCGUCGAGACAUGCUGAGGCUUCGAGGAAGACAAGCUCUUCUUGACCUACUCGUGAGGAUUGAGCGGGAAAGACAGAGGGAACUUCAAGGAUUGUUGGAGCAUCGGGCUGUCUCUGAUUUUGCUCAUCGUAACCGCAUACAGUCAUUACUGAGAGGUAGAUUCUUGCGAAAUGAAAGACCUGUUGAAGAAGAGAGACCACCUUCAAUGGCUGCAAGCGAACUAGUUCAAUUAAGACAACGUCAUACUGUUUCUGGCUUGAGGGAAGGGUUCCGUUCCAGGUUGGAAAAUAUUGUUCGUGGCCAAGUAAGUGGCCAUUCUGAUAGCACACUUGAUAGUAAUGUCAAUGAUUCUAGAAAUGAUUGGAGUCAGACAAACACUUCCCAGAAUAUCCAACUUGAAGAUAAUGAGCAAUUGCAACCUAGAAGUGAAGAAAGUGACAUCAAUAGGCUGUCUGAUCAAGCAGACAACUUACAAAGUGACACAGCUGCCAAUAACAUGAAUUGGCAAGAAACGGCUAACCAAGGAGAGGGUUGGCAGGGACAAAUUACAGAUGAUGAGGGACGAAACUGGCGACAGUCAGACUAUAGUCAGUUUAAUGAAUGGAGAAAUGGUGAUGCAGAACAACCGAUGGAUGGGAAUUGGCAAGAGAAUUCAGUUAAUGACUGGCCCCAGGAAAGAACUGGAAAUGUCCAGAGUGAACAAAGUCGUCCAGAAGAAGCUCAGAGAGUUUGGCAUGAGAAUAGCUCUCGGGAAGCUAUUGAAAAUUGGACACAGGGACCUUCGGAUCCUCCAAGAAUGCGCCGUGCUGUUCCAAUGAGAAGAUUUAAUAGAUUUCAUCCACCGGACGAUGAUAAUGUGUAUAGUAUGGAACUUAGGGAACUUUUGAGCAGGAGAAGUGUAUCUAAUCUUCUUCAUAGUGGCUUCCGUGAAAGUCUGGACCAAUUAAUACAGUCAUAUGUGGACAGGCAAGGCCGUGCUCCUGUUGAUUGGGAUCUGCACAGAAACUUACCAACACCAACUCGCACUUCACCAGAGCGAGAUGAGGACCAGCAGAGAGAUGAACAAAAUGAGGAUCAACGUGAUGUUAUGAACAGACCUUCAUUGGUUUUGCCAACUCCACCUGUGCCCCCACCUCAGCCUCUGUGGCACCAGGAUUUGCAUCACGCUAGCUGGUCUCGCCAUAGCAUGCAUCGCUCAGAACUUGAGUGGGAGAUGAUUAAUGACUUGAGAGCAGACAUGGCAAGACUUCAGCAAGGAAUGAGCCACAUGCAAAGGAUGUUGGAUGCCUGCAUGGAUAUGCAACUUGAGUUGCAGCGUUCUGUUAGACAGGAAGUGUCUGCAGCUCUGAAUCGAUCAGCUGGUGAAAAAGGGUUGAGUGCUGAGACAUCCGAGGAUGGAUCGAAGUGGGGUCAUGUAAGGAAAGGCACAUGUUGCGUUUGUUGUGACAGCCAUAUUGAUUCAUUAUUGUACAGAUGUGGUCACAUGUGCACUUGCUCUAAAUGUGCAAACGAAUUAGUUCGCGGAGGAGGAAAGUGCCCAUUGUGUCGAGCACCAAUUGUUGAAGUGAUCAGAGCAUACUCCAUACUGUAAAGAGGUGGGGAAAAAAAUGAACAUAAUUGAAAUUGAAUAGAUUUUGUGAUCAAGUGGGAAAAGCUCCUCAGGUUCUGUGGUAUCUGCAGAGUGUCCAGUUGUAGCCAAUGUUUUUCUGAUUAUAUAUGGAAUGUUUUCCAAUGUAUAACUGGAAUAACAAAUGGCACCUCAAUUUUUCAUUCUUCCGUAAAUAAAAUGUUUUGUUAGAAAACAUUUAUCUGUAACUAUUCGAAGCAGCUCAAGAACCAACUCUUAACUGAUUGUAA